GCCGGCCUCGGGCCCCGGGACAUCCGUCUUGUCGACGCCGCCGGAGGUUUCGGCGGCACCUGGUACUGGAACCGGUACCCCGGCCUCAUGUGCGACGUCGAGAGCUCCAUCUACUUGCCGCUGCUCGAGGAGACUGGGUACAUGCCGAAGCACAGAUACGCCUACGGCAACGAGCUGCUCGCGCACGCGAACCGGAUGGCGGAUACGUGGGGCCUGGCGGACCAAGGCGUGUUCCGCUCGCAGAUCAAGAGCUGCGAGUGGGAUGAGGACGCGAAGCGGUGGAAGGUCGUCAUCGAGCAGGGUCGCGGCCCUAACGAGGCGCCCGUCACGAUGACGGUCCGGUCGCAGUUCGUCGUCCUGGCGAACGGCGUCCUCAACCACCCCAAGGCGCCCAAGAAUAUUGAGGCCUUCGAGGGCGACAUGUUUCACUCCGCCCGGUGGAACUACAAUAUUACUGGAGGGGACCCAAGCAACCUCGAGAGCCCACAGCUGACCGGCCUGGAGGGAAAGCGGGUUGGCAUCAUCGGCACGGGAGUCACCGCCGUUCAGCUCGUGCCCCAGCUGGCUAAGUGGGCCAAAGAACUCUACGUCUUCCAGCGGACGCCCUCGUCGGUGGGCGAAAAGGGCCAGAGACCCAUGGACCCAGAGGAGUGGAAGAAGAUCGCCAAUGGCAGAGGCUGGCAGAAGCGCCGCAAUGAGAACUUCAACAUCUACCUAUCGGGCCGUGAGGCGGAAGAGAACCUGGUCGCAGACGGCUGGACGGCAUUGAAGGCAUACAAGGCAGCCAUCGCCACCCCUCAGGACAAGCCGCUCGGCAUGGCAGACAUCCCCGGUCACAUCGGCGGCCUGCUCGCGGUGGACGCGCCCAUAUCCGAGCGGAUCCGGCGUCGCGUGGACGAGGUCGUCGAGGACAAGACGACGGCCGCCGCCCUGAAGUCGUGGUACCCGACGUGGUGCAAGCGGCCGGCGUUCCACGACGACUACCUCCCGGCGUUCAACCUCCCCAACGUCCAUCUUGUCGACACGGACGGCAAGGGCGUGGACCGCGCCACCAAAGGCUCACUCGUCGUCGACGGCGUGGACUACCCGCUGGACGUUGUCGUGCUGAGUACGGGUUACAGGGCGCCCGCGGCGAACAUGGCCGAGCCCUCGGGCGUUUCCAGCAUGACGAUCAAGGGCCGCGGCGGGGCCCUGUUAUCCGACAAGUGGCAAAGCAAAGGCCCGUCGACCCUGCACGGCGUCCUCACCAACGGCUUCCCGAACCUCUUCCUCACCGGCCCGAUGCAGGUCGGCGCGACGCCCAACUACAACAGUGUUCAGGACACCCUGUCCCAGCACUGCGCCUACAUUGUGGCGGAGGCGAUGAAGCAGGCGGGCAACAGCACCGAUAAGGUUGUCCUCGAAGCCACCAUCGAGGGCGAGGAGGGCUACUCCGGGCUCCACAUGCAGUACGCCGCCUGGUUCGCCGGCGUGGCCAUCUGCACGCCGGGCUACCUCAACAACGAAGGCGAACAGGCCCCGCCGGAGGAGCAGAUGAAGAUGGCCAGGGGGACGCCGUUCCCGCAGGGAAUGAACGCCUUCAUCAAAUGCCUGGAGGACUGGCGCGCUGAGGGCUCGAUGAAGGGUGUGGAGGUUACAGUAUAGGUUAAAGCAAUUUGAACAGCCGUUUAAAGCAUGAAAAAGACGAGGAUCGCCCAGAUUGUGUAUGGUUCCAGGAGCUUGGAUUCGAUUAGUACCUGGAUCAGUCGUAAUUUGCGGGUAAGAGUUGCC